CCGAUACCAUCAAAAUAAUCAAGUAGAUUGGUGAACCUCGUCAACCCAGAAAAACACAGACAGUGUAGAGAUAAAUAAUACUUAUAUUUUGUUAUCGCCAACAUUGUGAUUAUGGGCAAGCUGAAAAUAUUCCCACGCACUUCUAACCCAAGAUUAUCAAUAAGCAUGAACAUGCCCGAGGAUAUUGCCACUUGGAUGUUGAUGAAUAAAAAGGAAUACACAGAAAAAAUGAAAUUAUUUCAGAUUAUUCGAGAAGGCAGUCUGGGUGAGUUGGUCAGUCUAAUGAAUACACUGAAAGAUGCCCAAAGUAUUUUAAAUGUUAAGGACGAUACCGGCAUCUCCCCGCUACACAUCACGUCCAGAUUCAACAAGCCAGAAGCAGCGGAGAUCUUACUGCAACACGGUGCAGAUCCAAACAUUUCAGCGUCCCGAGGUUCACCUCUCACUGUCGCCUGUCGUUUCAAACACGAAGACGUGGUCAAGGUACUUAUAAAGUAUGGUGCCGACCCACUCUUGGAUGUCUCGUCUGAGGGAAACGUUCUGCAUUCUAUUGCAAUUAGUUCCACUGUAUCAAUAGCAGAAAUUGUAUUCAAGUCGGUCAAACCUCCAGUAAACUCUCGUUCAAAGUUAGGUAGAACUCCACUCCAUUGUGCAGCUCACAGCGGUAAUGAAGAAAUCUGCCUUUGGCUGCUUCGUCAUGGGGCUGAUCCCAAGGCCAAGUGUAACCGUAUGUCAACGCCCCUGAUGAUAGCCAGCAAACAUGGACACGUGAAUAUCAUUCGAAGUUUAAUCAUGUCAGAUAAAUGUAGCCUAAACAGUGCUGACCACAUGCUGAACGAAGUGGACGACGAAGGUAACGGACCUCUUCAUUACGCGGUCCUGGAUAAUAAAACUGAGGCAGUUCAUGAGUUAUUACAGCUGGGAUGUUGUCCCAAUUUGCAAAAUAAUCACUCCAUGACUCCCUUACACUUCUGUGCCAUUGACGGUGACGUCAAUUUAGUGACGCUAUUGUCCAGUUAUUUGGCGAAUUUAGAAUUGAAUGAUUUAAAAGGUCAAACUCCUUUACACAAAGCCUCAGAACACAACAGGUUAGGAGUUGUAGAGGUACUCUUACAACUGGGAGCCGACAUUGACACACAAGACAACAAAAUGUACACACCUCUGAUGAUUGCAUGUCAUAAAGGUUAUGUUGAACUGGUCAAGCUGUUGUUGAAACAUGGCGCGGAAACCAGCAAGAAAAAUAACUUGAGCCAGACGUGUCUGCAAGUGGCGACCAUUCGAAGCCAGUAUGACGUUGUGCAAGUCCUCCUGUCGUUGGGUGACAAGGCGUUACUCUAUGGAUUAGAUUUAUUCGACCAAUCAGCAUUACACCAGGCCGCCAAACUUAAAGAUGUCAAGUUUAUCAACCUACUGCUAGAAAAAGGAUGUUCACCCACUGCUUUCGACGCCCUGCAAGAGACACCUCUGCACAUUGCUGCCAAAAAUGGUAGUUUUGAGACCGUGAAACGUUUAGCGGAAGCUUGUAGUGACUUGAACUGUGAGAAUUAUGAAAGCAAAAGUCCGUUCUUUAUCGCCUGUGAGGUGGGCAACAGGAAGUCAAUGAGAGCUUUAAUACAGGCAGGUGCCAAUGUCAAGGACACAGACAUGCACCUGAGAAACACCCUGGCAGUGGCAGCAAUGAAUGGUUACUCAGACAUUGUUCAGGACCUGAUAGAGAUGGGCGUGCCUUUGAACUGUAGGGACGAAGAGAAAAACACAGCUUUACAUCACGCCUGCAGCAAUGGUCACGUGGAUACAGUCAAGGUUCUAUUGGAUGCCAAUGCUUCGGUCACAACAACCAAUUUGAAUGGUCUUAGUCCGCUGGGCAUGGCAGUAAUGCAACACAAGACGGACGUAGUGUUGGCAAUGAUUGACCACUCCAGCUGGGAAGAAAGUCUGUCAGUGAGAGACAAGACUGGGGCCACUUGCCUGGACAGAAUGAUAGCCAACACGCCUGAAGGGGUCAAGGCUGUAUUGGACAAGUGUGUCCGGAGAUCCAAUCAUGACCCAUCCCAUGAAGACUACAAAAUUGAGUUCAAUUAUAAAUAUAUCGACCCUGGACCUAAAGAUCCGAUGUCAAAGAAAAACAACUACAAUGCUAUGGCUACUAUGAUGAAAUAUGACAGAGAGGAUUUGCUAUCCCAUGAUUUGUGUCAAAGUCUAAUGGUGUAUAAAUGGCGCCGAUUUGGAAAAGCAAUGUUCGCUUUUGACAGCGUUCUGCAAAUGGGUUUCAUGGUAUUGAUGCUUUUAUUUUACUUAUCGAUGACCAGACCUUCUGACGCCAACUACACUUGCUAUGCCACCAAUAGCUCCAAUAAUACAACUCUUGCUUCAUGGCUUAUACUAGACAGACCAAUCUACACAGACUAUUAUUUUUUUACUAUCACCUACGCAAUUUACGGAUUCGGACUCUUUUUGAUAAUUAGGGAACUGAAGAGCGCUCUUCUGUUGGGCUGCCGCUACUUAAAAACUUGGUCCUUCUGGAUGACCUUGACCUCAAUUGUCUUUAUCCUUAUGUGUGUCACACCGCCUGGAUACGGGCCAUGUGAUCAAAAUUGGCGCCUCUUUGCUUACGGAGCGUUUUGGUUCCUGAUCAGAGAGUCCAUUAUGGUUCAAAGGUUUGCUGCCAUUGGUUUAUAUUUCACAAUGUUCUUUGAGGUCUUCGGGACAAUGUUAAAGGUUUUUACUUUGAUGAUCUUUUUCGGCUUCGCAUUAAACAUUCCACUGUCUUUAAUGAUGAAACAGGACGGAUUUCGAGAACCUGCUCAAGGUUUGUCCUCCAUUCUUGCCAUGACGAUUGGAGAGCUCAACUUUAGAGAUAAUUUUAUCAAAGGAGACAACUCGCCUUUUGACAUUGAUCUGUAUAUAUUAUUCCCCUUGUUUUGUAUUAUAAUGAACCUAUCACUAAUGAACCUAAUGAUUGGUGUGGCUGUAGGUGACAUCAGCAAAGUUGAAAGGAGAGCUUACCUUACUCGACUAAAAACACAGAUCAAAUAUCUACUGGAUGCUGAAGUGAUGCCCUCUAUGUGCAUACGGCAGUGGAUGCAUACUGAAAGCGUCAUUGUCAUGCCCAACAACCAUCCAAAGUCAUUAUUUACCAGGCUGAAAAGAGCUUAUGACAGCGGGGAGCAAAUUCUGUACAUGAAAAAGAAAAUAAAGAAUGAUUUCCCCUUGGACACGAGUGUUGACUUGAAGCACGAGUUGGAAGAACAAAAAGUCCAGAUCAAUGAGCUCAACAGAUUAACCAGGACAGCUUUGACUAUGCUGAACGAUUUGACUCAAACAUUGAAUCGUAAGGACGACAGUACUCACCACUAGAUUAUGUCACCACUACGAAUGUGACAUCGGAUUAUAAAAGGAUACACGCGCUGACUCAAGUGGAACAAAUCAUUAGAUAGUGCUAGGUCUGUUGUACUCUAGUAUUUUUGCCAUUUUGUAAUGAUUUUAAAUGUAUCACAUAUGUGGUGUAAUUGUUGAUUUUUAUUAAGUUUUUAUGAAAUACUUAUUUGAUAAACUAUGGGUAGCUCACAAACUCUAUUUGUAUCGGGGCUAUAGAGUUGUUUCCCUCAUACCACAACUCCAAACUAUGAAAAAAACAACAUCAACCUUUUGCUGUAUGGUCGAGUCAUCUCUGUCUCAAUGACCAGGUCAAUAUUUGAAGUAAACAAAACAGUUGUCCAGGACCACAUUUUUUGUUGCAGGAGAACACUCUGGGGGGGGGGGGAGUCAAAGAAAUUGUUUUUCAUAUUAAAGAACAAAAUGGGUCCCACUAUUUGUUAAUCAGCUGACUUGAAUCUUUUGUCACUUGUAAACUAAGCAGACUCUCAAAACAUCGAAAAGGAAAGUCAAAAUCUAAAACAAAAUCGUUGAUAACAUCAAUUUAAAAAAAAAAAAUCAGUUUUUCUGUUUUUAAACAUUCGGCCAUCAUAUUUGAAACUAAGGCUUGUCAGAUCAUUGAUUUCUACUCCUUUGAGAUUCGAUCUAAGAUAAUUAUUUUUAUAUGCCUUAGCGUUUAAAGACGUCAUUUCCUGAGGAAGUCCUCUAAGUGCAAAACAGAAUCAAUGUGCCCCUUUAAAUCACGAGACUGGCAGACUUAAGAUUCAAUUAGUUCAACAUUUGACAGUUGUUUUAUUUAAAGAGAAUGUUGACGCAGUUUCAACCAAAAAAGCUCAACUCUUUUCUUGGGCGGCAAAGAGUAGUGUCUGAGAGCGAUCGUUAUAUGUUAGAGCAGAGAUGCCCAAAUUAAGGCCUGUGAGCUACAUCUGGCCCUUGACGUGAUUCUACUAACAAAACUUUCUUGCCACUGUGCAAUAGGAAUCGGUGAUGUUCUGCAGUAAUGCGGCCUGUAAACCCAUGUGUCUGAAAUGUGUCUCAGGUUGAUAAAGGUUGAGCACCACUGCGUGUAACAAAAGCGAUGGGAGAAACAACUUAAACAUUAAUUCAGAAAAUAUUUAAAUUUCUUCCUUUAUUGUUGUUUUUUUUUAUUUAUGCCAGUCUGUCUGUCUGUCACUCUUUGUCUCGUUUUUAUUGUCUUUCACUAAUGCAUCUCUCCUUCUAUUUCUCCAUUAACCUAAACAAAACAACAUCUAUAUUCUAUAUGACCUCCUUCAGUCGCGAAACGACUGAGGAUUAUCUAAUACAAAUGAGAUUAAUUCCCGGGCAUUAGCUAACAGUUCCCCCUCUUCACGUAGCUAAUCCAUCCACAAGAAUGACAAGUGCUGACACAGUUUCUGAUCAGCAAUGUCGCAGGCUCUGCCAGAUUGUAGCCAAUGUAUAGUGCAAACUGGCUAAGGGUCCUCGGCUCCUGAUUUUUUCAGGGAUAACUCCCGAAGCCUUUCCCAUGUAUGGGCAUAGUUGUAAGGCAACAGAGGUUUGAAUUCAAAGAUUUCCUUCUCCUAGGUGGUUAGUCAAAAGGCUUAUAAGCCCCCUCCAAACCGAAGCUGGUUUAGUUGCCAGUUACUCAUCUUUGACCCUUCUCCUGUUCGGGAUAAACAGUUCCGCUGAGCCCAAACUCUCACCACACAUGAGGUCCAGCAGUUGGACUCUGGUUGUAGGAGGCUAUUUGAAACCUGAACGAGUGGAGUUAUUUUAUUGGUAACUGCAGUGCUUAUUUCCAUACCACUUCCAGAAAUGAUAAUCUUGUAUACAUAUAUACAAGAUUGUCAUUUCUGAUAAUAUAUAUAUAUAUAUAUUUAAAAUUGUCAUUUGUUAAAGUGGUAAUGGAAAUAUAUAGGCCUAUAUAUGUGUGUGUGUUGCUUUUAAAUUAUUAUGUUUUUGUCAGUUCACAUGUUUCUUUUUGUAAAUAUUUGUUUUAUAUAAUCAUACUUUCCAUUCGUAAUUAAUAAAGUUGAAUGUACUUUAAAGAGAAAAUACAUGAGUUAUGUCUAGUCAACCAAUUUCUGGCUUUCAACUUAAACAUCUCACUCAUGAGACUUCAUACAGGAUUUUCCAACAUAUAGUUAGUCACAUUUAUAUGCUCUUUCUUUAGAUUUUAAUAUUCGUUUCACCAUUAUAAACGCAUCUCUUUAUGCGAUUAACUAAGAUAGAAAAAGAAGAGAAGGUGUUAUGGAGCAAUGUGGGUUGAGUAUAACGGUAUCCAAAGAAUAGAGUGGAUUGGGAGAGCUUUUGAAAUCAAAACACAAAAUAAACAAUGUCAAGGACACAAUGGUGGAAGAUCUCUGCUAACAACCAAAUAAUAAACAAUUAUUUUGUGCUACAAAUGAAAGAAGUAAAACAAAAUGUUGGAUCGUUAAAGAGUAGUUGAAAUGUAUUAACCUUUUCAACUACUGUAUCAAUACUUUCUUAUUCUGUUCAUCGAUACACCCAACAUGCUAACUGUUUGUGGAUUUUCUGCUGUUUAAAAAAUAAAUCUCCAAUGUACUUACUUAAUCAUUUGAUAGUGCUAAGCCAUCAAUUUGUGACUAGUAUAUAGAUUGUCUUUGAUAUUUGUUUUUCUCUUCUGUAUUAUUUUUAAGUGUAACAAAAUUAUUGUAUUGACAAUUAACAAUCAAUGAACGUUUUCUACAUGAGUAUGUGAAUACAUAUAGUGUACACUAAGUGAGACUCAAUACAUAUAGUGUACACUAAGUGAGACUCAAUACAUAUAGUGUACACUAAGUGAGACUCAAUAAACAUUGUCCCAAAAUGUCAA